AUGGCGAUAUACGACGACUCACCCUACCGCAAAGCGGCAGCCAAACUCCCCGCUCACUUCGCGAGUGUCCCACGAAAGAGAAGGGCUCUCCUUGUCGCCGUCUUCCUCACCAUCACCAUCUUCCUCCUCUUCAAACUCAUCACCCCAAGCCAAACCCUCCUCUUCUUCCUCUUCUCACCCGACAUCGCCGGUCCAUAUGGCGAACGUUCAGGAGCGGCCAGUAGCAACCAAGAUUUUAACAACGACAUUCUGCAAUUCAUCGAUCCCCUAAUCGGCACCACCAACGGCGGCCAUGUCUUCCCCGGCGCCACCCUGCCCUACGGCAUGGCCAAAGCCGUAGCCGACGUCGCAUCGCCCGCCGAGAACGCCGCGGGAUUCGUAUCCGACGACAACCCCAUCACCGGCUUCUCGCACAUGCACGACUCCGGCACGGGCGGCCAGCCCUCGCUGGGGAACUUCCCUUUAUUUGUCCACCCGGGCUGCAUCGACGACGACUACACCAAGUGCGACUUCUCCCUCUACGACCGCCCGCUGAACCGCGUUCCGGGGUCCGUGUAUGCUUCGCCGGGGUACUUCACCGUCAACAUCACCAACGGCGUUCGAGCCGAGAUGACAACUACCCACCACGCUGUCCUCUAUCGCUUCUCGUUUCCAGGAACGGAAAAGCUGCACUUCGCCAAGGGCGUGGCGCCCUACAGUCCUCUGAUCUUGAUCGACUUGGUAGACCUGAUGAACAGUCGGUCCAUGGGCGGGAUCCAGGUCUAUCCCGAAACGGGCCGGAUCGUGGGAGACGGGCGGUACACGCCCUCUUUCGGUGCAGGGCAUUACCACGCCUUCUUCUGCGCGGAUUUCAAGGGCGCCAAGAUCAGGAAGACGGGCACGUUCGUGUCGAGUAAGGCUACGGAUGAGAAACAGUUCCUCGAAGGCGUCGGUUCGGGGUAUCAGAUCCCGACGGGGUCGGCGGGGGCUUGGAUUCAGUUUGAGAGGCCCGACUCUGAAGAGAUGAAGAAUUCGAUACUGGCGAGGGUGGGUGUGUCAUUUAUCUCGGUGGAUAAGGCGUGUGAGAAUGCGGAGCGGGAGAUUGAGGAUUGGGACUUUGAGAGAGUCGAAAAAGAUGCGAAAGAGGCGUGGAGGGAGAAGUUGGAUGUGGUGAGGGUGGAUGCGAGCGGCACGAGCGAGGAGUUGCAGACCACGUUUUGGAGUGGGCUGUAUAGAACCUUGUUGAGUCCGCAGAAUUAUACGGGAGAGAAUCCGUUGUGGAAUUCGACUGAGCCGUAUUUUGACUCGUUCUACUGCAUCUGGGAUUCCUUCAGAGCCCAACAUCCCCUCCUGACCGUUAUCGACCCCAAGGCCCAAACCGAGAUGAUCAGAGCGUUGAUCGACAUUUACCGGCAUGAAGGCAAGCUUCCGGACUGUCGCAUGUCCUUCUGCAAAGGCUACACCCAAGGCGGCUCCAACGCCGACGUAGUCAUCGCCGACGCCUUUGUCAAGGGCCUCAUCACCAACAUCGACUGGAAGACCGCCUACGAAGCCGUUCUCUCCGACGCCGAAAUUGAACCAGAAAAUUGGGGUCUCUCCGGCCGCGGCAAUCUCGUUUCCUGGCACGAUCGUGGCUACAUUCCCUGGAACGACGUCGACAAAAACGGUACUGGUCCCGCUUCUCGCUCCAUCUCCCGCGGCGUGGAAUACGCCUACAACGACUUUUGCAUUUCCCUCCUUUCUCGCGGUCUUUCGGAGUCCUCGCUCCUUUUCCCGUCUCAGGCCGAAUUUCAAGAAUACCGUCCAAAUAUCUCAACCCACACCUCCCUCGCCACCGAUGCCUCAAAAUACCACCACCGCGGCGCCAACUGGCGCAACUACUGGAACCCCUCGGCAAAGGACCUCUUCCGGGACCGUGAGUCAUUAUCCCCCCAAGCAGAAGACACCCCGCUAGAAGGCCAAAACGCCUCCAUCCCCGGUUACAUCCUGCAGUCGCCCUUCGUGGGCUUCCUCCAACCACGCACACUUCGAGGAACCUUCCGGUACCACCCAACGCGCACCUGCUCGCCUAUCCAAAACCAGCACUCCUGCUACUACGACACCUCCCUCGACGUCUACGAGGGUUCACCCUGGCUUUACUCCUUUUUCGCUCCCCAGUCCAUGUCGACUUUGAUUUCCCUCAUGGGCGGCGCCGACACCUUUGUCAAAAGACUCGAAUAUUACCAUGAGAGCGGGAUCGCGUACAUGGGCAACGAGCAAUCGUUCCUGACGGUGUUUCAGUUCCACUACGCCGGCCGCCCUGGUUUAUCCAGUAAAUGGUUGAGGAGCUAUGUCCCCAGGAUGUUCAACGCCAGCGUCAACGGGAUUCCGGGAAACGACGAUUGCGCCAUGGGCGCGUUUACCACUUGGGGCAUGGGGCUGGGUGUGUUUCCCGUGGCCGGGCAGGAUGUUUACCUUAUCGUUCCGCCCUUUUUCCAUGAAGUUAAGGUGAGGGCUGGUAUCGACCUGAAGUCCCCUUCCGGACCUGUGUCUUCGGACUCGAAGAAGGCUAAAUGGGCGAUCAUAAGAACUGUCAAUUUUGAUGUCGAAAUGCAAGGCGACGGCGGCGGUGGCACAAAACCCGUGUACAUCCAGUCAGCCAAGUUGAACGGGAAGAGGCAUACCAAGAACUGGAUCACACACGAGUUCUUUGAGAAAGGGGGGCUGUUAGAGUUGGUAGUUGGACCUGAUGAAAGUAAAACUUGGGGAACGAACCCAAAAGAUCUACCGCCGAGUUAUUACGAGGAUGCCAAAUUUUGGGAGGAGUGGGAGAGGAUGGAUAGGGAGAAGACGGAGAGGUGGAAGGCGGAGGAAGACGGCUCGGAGGUUGAUGAGGAGUAUUAA